AUGGCAGGUCGGAAACGCGCAGCGCCUGGAAGUGCCAGAAAUGCGUCGGCUUCAAGCUCGUCGUCGCGACAGACUCGAUCUGCUGGUCGCAAUGCGAUACCUGAUGUCUAUCGAGACAUGCUCUCCGAAGCAGACGUAUGCUCCGUUGCCGAUCCUCCUGGGCGACCACCAAAGAGAAAACGCCCUGGGCAGAAAAGGGAACUCGCGCCUCCUCCAAAGACGUCUGUGCCCCCAUCAGCAACAGACCAGGGGAGAAGUGACGAUGAAGAGGAGGAUAUCGAGUUUGAGGACGUUGGUCUUCCAGUAGCGACUGUCCAAACUAUGGUCCGGGACUCUGACUCCGAAGACUCUGAAGAAGAAAAUAUGCAAUUUGAAGACGUCGACUUCUCAUUCCCUGACCUAAAUGUUGACGACACCAAGGAGGCGCCGAAGGAACUAAACUUGGAUCUCUCCGCUCGCCUCAAUUCGAACCCCCGCCGGACUGUGGAGAGGCGCAAGCCCAUCAACAAGACAGAAAAGGAGCGCCGAGUUGAAAUACACAAGACGCAUCUUCUGUGCUUGCUGUCUCACGUCGCCCGGCGGAAUCGAUGGUGCAACGAUAUCGUGGUUCAAAAGGCUCUGCGCAAACUACUGACAUCAAAAAUGAUUGCCUAUUUGAACCCGGGAACUCAUUUAUCCCAGUUUGGCCAAGCUGAAUCACUGAAAACUGGUCUUCACCAAGUUGAGACUAUGUUCAAGACAAAAUAUCAGAUAACAGAGCGGGGCUUACGCCGAGCACUCUGGGCUGAUACUGAAGAGCAUCUGCAAAACUAUAGCAUUCCGGAUGACGCAGAGUCGUCCAUGGACAAAGCGGAUUUCCGUGACGCCGCGAAAAGCCUCAAAGGCUCGCGUGAUGUCGGAGCUCAGUUGUACUGCGCACUGCUUCGUAGUGCCGGUAUCGAGGCUCGCCUUGUGUGUUCUUUGCAACCCUUGUCGUUUGUGUCUGGCGGACCGUCAAUGGCGAACCCGCCCAAAUCCAGGAAGAAACUGUCGGUUGAAGAGCAAUACGCGCGCAGACCGCAAUACGACAGUAGUUUUGACAGUCCUGGAGUCUCCAAAUCCCGUUCCGCCCGCUGGCGUUUAGGUCAUCCAAAUGCGGCUGCUUUUCAGAUUCCCAUAGUGACUACUGUAAGUCCUGCGCGUCCGGCAUCAGGCGCACCAAAAAAGAUCAGGGAGUGCCCAUUUCCUGUCUACUGGGUUGAGGUUCUUGAUGUUGGGCAUCAGAAAUGGCAACCAGCAGACCCUCUGGUCACUCAGUCUUUCUGGAAACCCCGCGUGUUUGAGCCGCCAGCAAGUGAGCGGGAGAACUGCAUGACAUACGUUGUGGCUUUUCAGGCAGAUGGGACACCCACAGACGUGACACGACGUUAUGUCAAGGCUUACAACGCUAAGACAAGGAAGAUGCGUAUAGAAAGCGUCAUGACCCAUGGCGACAGGUGGUGGCGCAAGGCUUUGAGGACUUACUGGCGCGGCCACACAACAGAUCUGGAUCAGAUCGAAAGCAACGAGCUGAACGCUGCAGAAGCGCGAGAGCCUAUGCCUCGCAAUGUAGUGGACUUCAAGGACCACCCAAUCUACGCCCUCGAACGGCAUUUCAGAAGAAACGAAGUCCUGAUUCCUGGCGCAUCCUCUGCGGGAACAGUUGGCGCCGGUAGUAAAGGCCCUUUGGAGAGGAUCUACAGGCGAAAGGACGUUCGACUUGCACGGACUAGAGAAAAGUGGUACCGGAUGGGUAGGGAAGUACGGGCUGACGAGAUUCCUGUCAAGUUUCUACCGAUAUCAGCCCGGAAACAGAGAGACUCAUUUGGCGAUGAAGGUGAUGAUGCUGACGAGGGUAUGGCGGGGACCCCGAUUUUCACGGAGGAGCAAACGGUGUUGUACCAUGCACCUGCCAUCGUCAACGGGAUCAUCCCUAAGAAUCGAUACGGGAACCUUGAUGUCUACGUACCCAGCAUGGUACCAGAAGGAGGUGCAUACGUCGCUGAUGACCUCGCCGCCCAGGCUGCCUACACCUUGGGCAUCGACUAUGCCCCAGCACUAACAGGUUUCCAAUUCAAAGGGAGACAAGGCACGGCAGUACUCUACGGUGUGGUUGUGGCUGCUGAGCACGAGGAAGCGGUCAAGACUAUCAUCUCCGGACUCAAAGAUCAGGAGGCUGAGAUGGAACGGGAGAGGAGAACUCGCUUGGCACUUAGGGCUUGGAAGAAGUUCUUGACUCAUUUGAGGAUAUAUCAGCAAAACCGGGACGAUUAUGCUUCGGACGACGAGGAUCGAGAUACUGAUCUGAUGGAUGUCGAUAAGGAUAAAGAGGUGAUUGUGAAUGAGGAGGAUGAUAACGAAGAUAGAGGGGCUCUGGAGAGCAACAACGGUGAUUUGGACGGCGGGUUCGUCAUAGAUGAUGAUUACGGUGGAGGCGGUUUCUUGUGA